UGGGGGCGGGGCGGGGCAGGCGUGGAGCGCGCAUGCGCGGCAGCGGCUGCGCGCUGCCCGGAUCGUGCGGGGCCUGAGCCUCUCCGCCGGCGCAGGCUCCCUCGCGACAGCUUGCUCCCGCCGCCAUGUCGGCUGCCAUCGAACGGGAGUUUGAGGAGUUAGACGCUCAGAAUCGCUGGCAGCAGCUGUACCUGGAAAUUCGCAGUGAGUCCCAUGACUAUCCUCAUAGAGUGGCCAAGUUCCCUGAAAACAGAAAUCGAAACAGAUACAGAGAUGUGAGCCCAUAUGAUCACAGUCGUGUUAAGCUGCAGAAUGCUGAAAAUGAUUAUAUUAAUGCCAGCUUAGUUGACAUAGAGGAGGCACAGAGGAGCUACAUCUUAACCCAGGGUCCGCUUCCUAAUACAGGUUGUCAUUUCUGGCUCAUGGUUUGGCAGCAAAAGACCAAAGCAGUUGUCAUGCUAAACCGAAUUGUGGAGAAAGAAUCGGUUAAAUGUGCACAGUACUGGCCUACAAAAGAUGACCGGGAGAUGCUGUUUAAGGAAACGGGCUUCAGCGUGAAGUUCCUGUCAGAGGACGUGAAGUCCUAUUACACGGUCCAUCUGUUGCAGUUAGGAAACACCAGGACUGGUGAAACCAGAACAAUAUCUCACUUUCAUUAUACUACCUGGCCAGAUUUUGGAGUCCCUGAAUCACCAGCUUCGUUUCUCAAUUUCUUAUUCAAAGUGCGGGAAUCUGGCUCCUUGAACCCUGAGCACGGGCCUGCGGUGAUCCACUGCAGUGCCGGCAUCGGGCGGUCGGGCACCUUUUCUCUGGUGGACAGCUGCCUUGUUCUGAUAGAAAAAGGAGACAAUAUUAACAUUAAACAACUGUUACUGAAUAUGAGAAAAUACCGAAUGGGGCUGAUUCAGACACCAGAUCAGCUCAGAUUUUCCUACAUGACUAUAAUAGAAGGAGCGAAGUUUAUAAAGGGAGACUCAAGUAUACAGAAACGUUGGAAAGAACUUUCUAAGGAAGAUGUAUGUCCUGUUUUUGAUCAUUCGCCAACCAAAAUAAUGACUGAAAAAUACAAUGGGAACAGGAUAGGCCUAGAAGAGGAAAAACUGACAGGAGACAGAUACUCAGGUCUGUCCACUAAAACACAGGAAGCUCUGGAGGAGAGCAGCGAGAGUGCUCUGCGCAAGCGCCUCCGGGAGGACAGGAAGGCCAGCACCGCCCAGAAGGUGCAGCAGAUGAAGCAGAGGCUGAGCGAGACCGAGCGCAAGAGGAAAAGGUGGUUAUAUUGGCAACCUAUUCUCACUAAGAUGGGGUUUGUGUCAGUCAUUCUGGUUGGCGCUUUUGUUGGCUGGACACUGUUUCUUCAGCAGAAUGCCCUAUAAGUAACUAAUUCUGCCCCGCAAGCUUCGGCCCUAGCAGCUGACAGUGUUGCGUGAGUCACAGAGUUGGUCUGUCACAGACUCCUCACCCAGAUGGUGCGCGUGACUUGACACCCACAGAGAAGUGUGGUGUCUGGUCCCCCCAGCACCCCAGGGCACUGCCCACACUACCCACCCCCUAAGUAAAGACUUGAAUGCUUCUUAAGAACUGGUACAUUUUCCACUGUGUUCAUACAUGCCAAGUGUAAUAUUUCACCUGACCAGACUGAGAAAUCCUUUACCAUAAGGGUUCAUUUUUGGAGGCUGUCUGGAUUUUAACCUGCACUUGAUAUAAGCAAUAAAUAUUGUGGUUUUAUUGACAUUAUUAUUGGAGAGAAAAUUACCAUAAAGUAAUGCGUGUAAUGUAUAAUGUACUGUUGACAUGGGCAUCAACAUUUUAUAUUCUUAACCAUUUCAGGGUAAAUAUAUUUUAUAAGUACCUAUUUAAUCUUACUUUUGUAGUUAAAUGUACUUUUUAAAAGCUCAAUUUGAAAAAAUCUGUUACCAUAAAAAUAAUGAUAAAUUGUAUGUUGAUUCAAUUGUACUGGAUACGUUUUCUUAAAGAGAAGUUUGAUAUGAGCAGGUAGAGCUCUGAAUAAGUAAUUUUUACUAUAUAUUUGCAUUUCUUUUAUGUUUUACAGUCUUCCCAAUUUUAAAAA